AAAACUUGUAGUCGCCGUUGAACUUGGAAGAGGAAGAAGAAGAUUAAUUAAUUGUGGUGGGUGCACCAAAGGGAUGAAAAUUGGGGGUAUAGGGUUCUUGGCAGCAGUAAAUUGAAUUUGUCGAAACAACGUUGUUUGGUGAAAGAUGGGAAUCCUCACGAAGGCGUAUUGUCAGUACAACAACAUCCCCUUUCACCCUUAUUAUUACAGACCUUCCAACCUUCACAACCCUAUUUCUCUCUUCGCCAUCACAUCUCCAUCCAUUUCACCUACAGAACCUUCUUCUCCUCCUAGUAGUGGUUACAAACCACAACAACAACAAAUCCAGUUCGGCGGCCACUUGAUAAUUCCCGCCGUGGCAGUCGCAGCUUCGGCUUGGUUCUUCCUUCGUCUCCACCACCGAUACCCUCCAAUCAUCACCGCCGCUCCUAUGGAUCUCGAAUUGGAGGAAGAAGGUGAGAUCAAAGAGCUCCCUUUGCAGCGCAAGCCGGGUCAUGUGAAAGCUCUCCACUUUUACAAAACGAAGCCAGGUACCGUCUUCAAACUGAUCCAAGUGUACGCCAAUGGUAACUACGAAUCCUUGAAAGCCCGGAUUCGCCUGUCCGCGGAGUGGCUGGAAAGGGCGAGGAGAGAGCUGGAGGAGGUGGUGGAGAGAGACCCGGGUCGGGUCAUGGAGUAUUCGCAGGUGGUCGACGAGCUGAUGGAUCUUCUCAAGGAUAUGGAGGUUUACGUGGAUCAAUGCGAAAAGGACAAGGUUAAGGGUUACCUUACUUCUUGCAAUCGGUUGCUUGCCCGUGUCAGGAAAAUGGAAGCUCGGAUUCUCAAUGCCCUCCAAGAGUUUCACGAUGAUGAUGAUGAACCUGGAGGAGGACACCACUAGCUUUACCAAGGAGGACCCUCUCACUCUUGUCAUUUCAUUUGCUUUUUUUUUUUUUGCUUUGCUUCUAUGAAUGAAUCUCUGUAGGAUGGUAAACAGGUCGAACUCUCUCUCUCUCUCUCUCUCUCUCUCUCUCUCUCUCAAGUUUUUUUAAAAAAAUAAUAAUUUAUGUGUCUGUGAGAACAAAUAGUUACAUCGUCUUUCUCCUAGCUGUAUCAGAUAUUUCAUUGCUAUUCAUUUGGCUUACAAUCUGAA